AUGGCAUCGCGGCAAAAGGAUCGCAAGGAUAGCAGCAGCUCGGAUUCAGCCGGAGCUGUGAUCAGGAACAUCAGCCAGAACUCAUCGAAUUUCAACACCUCCGGAAAUGGCACCCGCACGAGUCCCACGGGGGCGAAUGGUGUCGGCCCACAGAGCCCGCUCCGGCGGAACCGCUUGAGGGCGGCCACAGCAACGGGCGGUGUCAACUUGGAAAACUUCGAAGGCGUGCCGGAGGACGAGGUCUUCAUGCACAUCCUGGACCUACUGGAGAUGCAAGAUGAGUUCGACUCCUCCAUGGCUUCAGAUCGGGAUUCCGAGGUUGGGGAUGAUCUCUCCUCCGUCGCCUCGGAUCUUGACGAGGAUGAGGAGGAGUGGGAUCCACGCGAUGAGUCUAGUUGGCGAUUGCCUCCCCUGGACGUCACCAAGGCCAUUCAGGACCUGCGGCAGAGGCGACUGCCCAACCUUGAGGUUUGCAAGAAGAUUCUUCGAAGUGUCAUCGUGCAUUACGCUGCGCAGCCGAAUGUCAUUCACGUGCCCGCACCAGAGGUGGGGUCGCGCUUUGUCAUCGUGGGCGACUUGCAUGGUCACUUUGGAGACUUGAUUCAUCUCCUCGAGGAUCACGGCGAGCCUUCUGCGGGCCCGAAGGGAGCCAUUCGAUUCCUCUUCAACGGCGACUUCGUCGAUCGAGGCACAUGGGGACCCGAGGUCUUGUUGCUGCUUUACGCCCUGAAGAUCAAGUUCCCGACAGCAGUUUUCCUGAACCGUGGAAAUCACGAGGAUCAGUCCCAGAACCAGCUGCCGGACAAUGGCUUCGUCCAUUCCCACUGCACUCGAGCGUUUGGGGGUGAGGCGGUGACCAUGUAUCACCUUUGCAGGAGAAGUUUCAAAGAGUUGCCUUUAUGCCACGUGAUCGGGGGCGAGGUAUUUGUUGUCCACGGCGGGCUACCGAUGGACCCAAUCGUCACUUUGUCCGACAUCAACUCGAUUGACAGGCGUCACGAUGUUCCAAUCAAGCACUGCGCUCUCAUGGGGUACCCAAAGGGCCAGAAAGUGAUUGCAAAGAAGGACCUCAACGGGAAAGAUGGCGAGAAAGUCUUCAAGGGCAGCAAAGGCCGGCUCUGCGAACGGGUGAGAAAGUCCAACGAUGCAAUCUGCCGCUUCAUGGGUGGCGGUUCGCAAGACGAGGUCGUUGUGAAGAUCUCUGGGGCACCCGAGCUCGAGGAGGACGUGGAAAUCGUCUACACUUCGGAGAAAGAGCGGCAGCGCCAGCGCCAAUACCGAAUCUUCGUCGCUUUGCUCUGGAGUGAUCCCGUGAUGAAGCCCUCCCAGCGUGGGCCCUCCAAAAGGGGGGCUGGUGCCUUUUUUGAUAGUAAGGUGACACAGGAGUUUCUGAAAGUGAACAAGCUGAAGGUUCUUCUCCGCUCCCAUGAGAAGCGUUCAGAUGGCUUUUCCAUCGAGCACCAGAAUGGCAAAGGGCACAUGAUCGCAGCGACGGUCUUCUCCGCCAGCAACUAUCCGCGAGGAGCCGGCGAGCCCAUGGGCAACAAGGCAGCUGUGGUGGUCAUGGAGCCCAAAGAAGCCGGUAGCCUGGCUUCGUCUCUGGUUUCUUGGCCCGCAUGGCGCGUGGGCUUCACAGAAGGCCUCAUGUCCAAUAGCAAGGUUUCCGAGGAGAUGAAGAACAAGUUCCAAGAAGCUCAGGCAGCCCUCACACUCGGACCACGGGCGAGGGCACUAGCGAAGCUCCGGGAGCUCACGUACUGUGUGCGGCCACAGCUCCUGGGAUAUUGGCAGGCCAUCGACACCGAGGCUGGUGGUGUGCUCAGCAGAGAACACUGGGCUCGUGGCAUGCGUGCUUGCGUCAUCGCCGACGACGACUUCCCUUGGGAAUGGCUGGAGCCCUACAUGCUGAAGUCCUUGGACUUGGAGUUCAACUACGCCGUCUUCCUCAGCCAGUAUGGGAACUCUUUAGCCAGAAAGCUGGCGUCAAGGUUCUAUGGAGGCUCCAUGAUGAGCAUCCUGCCAGGCGUGAAGACCAAGGCCGACAUCGAGGCUGCCUGGAACACUGUCGACCGCAACGGAGACGGCAGGCUCUCGUACCAGGAGCUGCGGCCGAUCUUGCGCAGUGCCAGCAGUGGCUUCAACGACGACACGGACAAGAUCACAAUGGAGGAUCACAUCUACAGCCUCCUGUGCAUCAUGGACCGUGACAAGACUGGCUUCGUGGACCGCGAGGAGUUCGUGAGCUCGAUGAUGGGCUUCUUGACCGGCGAGUCGCUUGUGGAAACAUCUUUCUCGAUGGAGAGCUUCGAAGGAAAGCCUGGAGCGGCGCCACAGACCGGCCGCAGAAGCGGAUGCCCAGCUUCAAGAGGAAUCGAAGAUCAGAUGUCCGAAUGGACGGAUGAAGAGAUCUCGCAGUGUUUGGCUUCCACGCAAGGCGUCAUCCGUGCGCUGUCCACCACGACCGGGUGUGCGUCGGCAGUCUUCCAGGUGCUGGAUGAGGACAGCGAUGGUGCAAUCGACCGCGAAGAGUUCCGCAAGGGCUUGAGGCAGCUCUUGGCGGGGCUUCCUGUCAUGCGCAAUAUGAGCAAGUGGGAGCCCUUGCUUUGGAAGCUGGUCGACGAGGAUGGCAGCGGCCUGGUCUCCCCUCAUGAAAUGAACUUGGCCUUCUCUGUGCGGGAAACCCUGUCCAUCUGA